AUGGCUUCCACAGUCCCCACAGCACCUCCGCAGGAAGUGGAAGUUUUGGCUAUAAACUCGACUACCAUCCGCUUCACAUGGAGCCCGCCGCCUCAGCAGUUUAUUAAUGGCAUCAACCAAGGAUACAAGCUGCUGGUGUGGCCAGAGAAGUCUCCAGAGGAGGUUAUCGUGGUAACCAUCACCCCGGACUACCCCGGUUCUCGCCACACGGGAUUGGUCAGCGGACUGAAGAAAUUCAACUGGUACUUUGGCUCCACCCUCUGCUUCACAACACCUGGAGACGGCCCCAGAAGCUCCCCCAUUCUGCUGCAGACACAUGAGGACACACCUGGACCUGUUCGUCACCUGAGCUUCACUGAAAUCCUGGACACGUCUCUCAGAGUCAGCUGGGCGGAGCCUGAAGAUAAGAACGGCAUCAUCACCGGCUACGUGUUGUGGUGGGAAGUGCCAGGCGUAGAGUCGGGUCGGGUGGAACGCACACUCUCAAACUCCACCCUGCAGCACCAGCUGACUGGCCUCACCUCCACCACACUGUACACACUCCAGGUGGCCGCGCUCACUGCCGCAGGACGGGGCGUGGUCACACCCUCCACCAUCUCCACUGGAGUCCCACCAGAGCUUCCUGGUUCCCCAUCUAACUUAGUCAUCUCCAACAUCAGCCCUCGCACAGCAACACUCCGGUUUCGCCCUGGUUCUGAUGGCAAGACUGGCAUAUCGCAAUGGAUCGUAGAAGGCCAGGUUGUUAAGGACGAUAGAAAGGAGGACAUAUGGACUGUUGUCUACCAGAAAGACAACCAGCCUGAUGCGGACAGUGUGGAGAUUCCCGACCUCUCUCCAUACACCAAGUACAGGAUGAGUUUCGCUUGUUGCUCGCUGUAUCGCGACCCGGAAACCCUGUCCGCUCCUCGCAGCUAG